ACAUUGAUUGACACUCUCUCAGUCGGUAAACUACAUAACAUUCGGUCCAGUUGAAACCAUUAAAACCAACUGGAAAUAAAUCACCAAAUCCUAUUUACCAUAAAUUAUCAAUUAAAAUUCCAUAGAAAUGUACAAAUUACUAUUCCAACAAUUGCGACAAAUAUCCAGGACGGCCACUAAACAGGUGAGGCCAACGGCAGCCUUGGCGACAACACAAAAUAACUCCGAGGAAAAAAUCGAUGUGACGAAGGCCUUAGAAGGAUGGGAUGAAAAGUUGCGUUUAAGCGAAGUGGGUGAUAUUGAAUUCAAUUUGAAGUGUAUCGUUGCCAAGGUGUUAAAUCGGAAAUUUAAUACCUUGAACACGUACCACAAUGUGCAAUUUAAUCGUGAACAGUUGAAGGAAUUUGAACGUCUCUGUGAGGCAAGAUGUGCCCGUAUGCCAUUGCAACACAUUGUGGGCGAAUGGGAUUUUAUGGAUAUCACAUUGAAAACAGCACCCACGGUAUUUAUACCCCGGCCAGAGACUGAAGAAUUCGUAUCGAAGGUAAUUAGUGUCUAUCGCAAUGUAAUGGAACCGGUGGAUAUGUUGGAGGUGGGAUGUGGUUCGGGAGCCAUGUCUUUGGCGAUAUUACAUGCUUUGCCAAAUGUCAAGAGUACUGCUGUGGAACGUAGUAAAGCUGCCACCGCCUUGGCAUGGGAAAAUGCCAAACGUCUAAAUCUACAAGACCGCUUCAAGGUCUACAAUCACACAACAGCUGAAAAUGAUUAUUUGCCCAAAGAACUGGAGGGACGGAAAUUUGAUCUUAUCAUUUCUAAUCCGCCUUAUGUGAAGACUGAAGAAUUUGCAUUGCUGCAGCCGGAAGUGAAAUUAUAUGAAAACUUAAAUGCCUUGGAUGGUGGUCCAGAUGGUCUCCGGAUUGCCCGUUUAGUUUUCGAUUGCGGCUGUUUGCACUUGAAACCUGGUGGUAAAAUGUGGAUGGAGUUGGGCAGUGAUCAUCCACAGUUGGUGCAAACCAUAAUGGAUACACAAUAUGAGGGACGAUUGCGGUUCGUUAAGGGUUACAAGGAUCAAUAUAAACGCAAUCGUUUUGUGGAAUUAGAAAAGGUGUAAAUGUCGUUUGUGUACCUUAUCUUAUUAAAAUUGUUUUUUUUUGUGAUCGUCCUAAUGAAACGUUAAGAACUAAAUAUCAGUUAAUUUAGUUAAAUGAAAGAGACUCCAAUUUCUAAUGGGGAAAUUUAUCGAAAAUGUAUACUUGCUGACGAAAAAUGGGUAUAGCUUUAAGCCAUUGUAAACUUUUUCUUUGAAUAUUGCAAAUAUAGAAUUAAUAGCUUUUAACUUUAACUGAUCUGAAUGAAAUAUUGAUGAAAAAUGUUUUAAGCAUUUGAUGCCUUG